GGUGUGCGCAGCCCCGGAGUCAUGUCCAGAUCGGGUGACCGAACCUCCACGUUUGACCCGACUCACAGCGACACUCUGCUGCACGGUCUCAACCUGCUGUGGAGGAAGCAGCUCUUCUGCGAUGUGACUCUGACCGCGCAGGGACAGCAGUUCCAUUGCCAUAAAGCGGUGCUGGCAUCCUGCUCGCAGUAUUUCAGGUCUCUGUUCUCCACACACAUGCUCAACAGAGAAGAUGGGCUGGCAGCGAAGGACCAAGGAAGCAGCGGCACCCCAUCCUCCUCCCCGGAUGACAAGCUCCUUCCCAGCCCGGGCUCCACCACCAUCAACAACCUGGUGCUGCAAGGCUGCUCCUCCAUCGGUCUGCGGUUGGUGCUGGAGUACCUGUACACCGCCAACGUUACCCUCUCCCUGGACACAGUGGAGGAGGUGCUCUCCGUCAGCAAGAUCCUAAACAUACCCCAGAUCACCAAGCUCAGCGUGCAGUUCCUCAAUGACCAGAUCUCGGUGCAGAACUACAAGCAGAUCUGCAAGAUCGCAGCUCUCCACGGACUGGACGAGACCAAGAAGCUCGCCAACAAGUACCUGGUGGAGGACGUCCUCCUCCUGAACUUUGAGGAGAUGUGCGCCAUGCUGGACGCCCUGCCUCCGCCUGUGGAGUCGGAGCUGGCUCUCUUUCAGAUGUCGGUGUUGUGGUUGGAGCAUGAUCGGGAGACCAGGAUGCACUACGCUCCAGACUUGAUGAAGCGCUUGCGGUUCGCCCUUAUCCCAGCCCCAGAGCUGGUGGAGAGGGUGCAGUCGGUGGACUUUAUGAGGACUGACCCAGUGUGCCAGAAACUGCUCCUAGAUGCCAUGAACUACCACCUGAUGCCCUUUAGACAGCACUGCAGACAGACCACUGCUAGCAGGAUUCGCUCAAACAAACGGAUGCUCCUGUUGGUUGGAGGCCUUCCUCCGGGUCCCGACCGCCUCCCCAGUAAUCUCGUUCAAUACUACGAUGACGAAAAGAAGACAUGGAAGAUCCUCACAAUAAUGCCGUAUAACAGCGCCCAUCACUGUGUGGUCGAAGUGGAAAACUUCCUUCUUUUACUUGGAGGAGAAGACCAGUGGAACCCUAAUGGCAAGCACAGCACUAACUUUGUAAGUCGGUAUGAUCCAAGAUUCAAUAGCUGGAUACAACUACCACCCAUGCAGGAAAGGAGAGCGAGUUUCUUCUCAUGCUGCCUGGAUAAGCACUUGUAUGUUGUUGGGGGAAGAAACGAGACAGGUUAUCUAUCUAGCGUUGAAGCCUACAACCUUGAGACAAACGAAUGGAAUUACGUUUCUUCUCUUCCUCAGCCACUGGCUGCACACGCAGGAGCCGUGCACAAUGGGAAAAUAUACAUCUCAGGUGGGGUUCACAAUGGAGAAUAUGUGUCUUGGCUUUACUGCUAUGACCCCGUGAUGGACGUAUGGGCUCGAAAACAGGACAUGAACACUAAGCGAGCCAUACACGCCCUCGCAGGCAUGAAUGACCGCCUCUAUGCUAUUGGUGGCAACCACUUAAAAGGAUUCUCUCAUCUGGAUGUAAUGCUGGUUGAAUGCUACGACCCUAAAGCAGAUCAGUGGAACAUUCUGCAAACGCCCAUCCUAGAGGGACGCAGCGGACCCGGAUGUGCUGUUCUUGAUGACAGUAUUUACCUAGUGGGGGGCUACAGUUGGAGCAUGGGGGCGUACAAGUCAUCCACCAUUUGUUACAGUCCAGAAAAAGGCACUUGGACAGAAAUGGAAGGAGAGGUGGCAGAGCCUUUAGCUGGGCCGGCCUGUUCCACGGUCAUACUGCCAGCCUGUUUACCAUUUAACAAAUAACUGUAUAGAACGGCAAAGAAUGCAGCCAAGUAGAAGAAAACACCACUGGGAUGGAAAGUCCAUUGCUAAAGAAAAAUGAAUGAGAGGACUCUCUCUGAGAAACGCCUGUAGCUUUUGAACAGGAGGUGAUGAGGUGUACAGAUUAUUAUUUUUUUACUGGUCUGACAAGAGCACUUUGUUUCUUUCAUACCUAAAAGUUUAAAACUGAUGUAAAUCAUCAACUUUACGUAUUUGAUGCUCAUGUGUGUUGACAUUCAACUGCUCAUACUCUAUUACAUUUUUAUCGUAAACGUUUUUGCCUAACUUGACAUUGGCACGCAUACUUUUUCCAAAUCGAUAUACAGUAACUUCCAUGCGUACUUUGUAUUUUGUGGAAACUGCCGAUGAAAAAGUAAAAGUUGAUUUGGGUUGACAAAGGACCAUUUAUGUUUUUCCGAGCAAAAAUCACAAUUCUGUGUACAAUGUAGAAUAGAUAUCAAGUAUUUAAUAUAAAUCACACCCUGUCUGCUUGUUAGAUAUUGCCGCCAUAUUUAAGUGGCACAUUGUUAUUUGUACAGAUGAGAGGAGAUUAAAUGUCAGUCAUUAAAAGAGAAAAACAAAUCAUGUCAGACAACACCAACACAACGUUGAUUGAUUAUUGGUUGAACAAUCAUUCUAUUAUUUACUUAGCCAUGUAGUAUAUAUAUAUAUAUGCAUGGCGUGGAGUGGAAAGCUUAUUGUAUUAUACUGUGGGUACAUAAUUGCUUUGUUUAUGUUGUUUACUUGUUCAUAUCUCACAGUGCCUAUGUUUAGCACUAGGUUGCUCUGUUUCAUAAAAUGCCCCAUUAUAACAGCCUUACUAAAAUCAGCCAUUUUAAACCGAGUCAUAUUAAUUAUUGGACUGAUUGGUUUCUCCGAGGCGUGAUAAGUAAUCGGAAUAUGUUGCACUGAUAUUUCUCAGCCCUUUUCAUGAGGAAAGGGAAUGUUUUCUUUUUUUUUUCAUUCUUGUAAAUAAUUGCUUGCAGUGGAACAUUUUGUGC